AUGCCUGUCCAGUCGCUGCAAAACACAGAUGUGAUCGUUCCUCAACAUGCGCCUCACCCACUCCUUCCAUUUCUUCAAUCCCAGUCACAAACCACGUUAACCCGCCUCUAUCAACGGCCAUCAUCAUGUCUUUCAAUAUUUAGAUUGCUCGGGCCAAUUGAGCGGCAGCUCAUAAUGAACCUACUCUGGCUGGAAAGUGCCCUCUCCGUAGCGACGAUGUCAGCUUGGGUCCUUCCUGAGGGAAAGAACGCGUAUGAUUCCGCCCUUACUGUCAUGACUGGACUCCACAUCGCCCCAAAUUCGACUGUUAAAUUGGCGCUAAACCCUACAUUCAAAUCUAGCCUGAGGCAAGCUAUCACAGGAGGAGGUAACACGGGAAGUUUUGGAGUCCCUACCGACAAGGACGGCAAGCGACAGUCAGCGAACAUUGAAAACUUAGACGCAUACGCUCUCGAACGAUGGGAGACCAUCCUUCACUAUAUGGUGUCGUCUGGUCAAGGUCAAAACCCCACCAAGCCUUCCCAAGGAGUUUUGUACCUGCUCCAACGAAGUGGUUUGAUGAACAACGCUCACGGUGCAGCUCUACAAAUCACUUCCUCGGGUUUCCAGUUCCUCCUCCACUCACCUCAUGAUCAACUUUGGAAUCUACUAUUACAGUACUUGCACAUGGCGGAGGAGAGGCAAAUGGACCUUGUGGAAGUGCUUAGCUUUCUAUUCAUGCUGUCAACCAUGGAUCUUGGUCGGGAAUAUUCGACAGAGCCCUUGAGCGAAACACAGAAGGCAAUGCUUGAAGACCUUCGAGACUAUGGGCUUGUGUGGCAACGUAAGACUUCAUCAAAACGUUUCAGUCCCACACGAUUAGCAACAACUUUGACUUCGUCGUCACCUCCCUUACCGAGUUCGCAUUCUACCGGCGGAUCUCGUACGGCGGACGGUACAGGGGCGGUUGCUCUAAGUUCAGGGGCCGCGCAACAAGGCUUCAUUGUUCUGGAAACUAACUAUCGGAUAUAUGCGUAUACAGACAACCCCUUGCAAACAGCUGUCCUUAAUUUGUUCAUCACGAUGAAAUACCGUUUUCCGAACUUAGUUGUGGGAAUGCUCACCCGUGAAAGUGUACGCAAGGCACUGGGCAAUGGAAUCUCGGCUGACCAGAUCAUUAGCUACUUAACGACACAUGCACAUCCACAGAUGCGCAAGAACAACCCCCUUUUACCUGUGACUGUACAAGACCAGAUAAGGCUCUGGGAGCUUGAGAGGAAUCGGCUGAAAUCUGCAGAAGGUUAUCUUUACAAAGACUUCGCGUCGCAAGCCGAUUAUGAAUACGUGCUAGCGUAUGCGAAGCAGCUAGAUGUUGUGCUUUGGGAGAAUGCGGCCAAGCGAUGCUUCUUUGGUACUCUUGAGGGACAUGCUAACGUUAGAGGAUUCAUCGAGAGACGGACAGGAUCAGUUUAG